AUGGAGGUUCGGCUUUAUGACUUCUCUCCAAAAACAGCAAAAAAGAUUAGGGUCGGGUUUGUUCGAAAAGAGAUACGCAACCCAUUUUCACUCGGAGCUACAAAUUAUUUGGAUAAAAUAAUUGUAAUAGAUCCUGAUCGGCAUGACGUGCUUUUGAAAAACGAAGAAGAAAAACAUGAUCAGAUCGUUAUUCUAACACGAAACAGCAUCAAAACCUCUGUAAUUAACAAAUCAAAGACCCUAAUUUCGCCAAAUUCUCCCUCUCCAAUGGCAAAUGUCUCCGUCGCGGCGGAAUGGCAACUCCUAAGAAACCGGUACUAUCGAAAACCCGAACUCUACCCAAUGCGAUGGAAACACAUAGACUUAAGUCGCAAUAAAGUAGCCUGCGCUCCAUUCGGUGGUCCAAUAGCUAUAAUCCGCGACGAUUCCAAAAUCGUCCAGCUCUACGCCGAAUCCGCUCUCCGGAAACUCCGAAUUUUUAACUCCGCCGGUAUUCUCCUCUCCGAAACCGUAUGGAAACACCCCGGCGGCCGAUUGAUCGGCAUGUCAUGGACCGAAGACCAAACCCUAAUUUGCAUAGUCCAGGAUGGCACGAUCUACCGUUACAACGUCCACGGUGAGUGUCUAGAACCUAAUUUCUCCAUGGGAAAAGAUUGCUUUGAACAGAAUGUCGUGGAUUGUGUGUUUUGGGGGAACGGCGUCGUGUGCUUGACGGAAGCUGGGAAGUUGUUCUGUGUUCCUGAUUUUAAGGAGAUUAGGCCGUGUAAGCUUGCAGAAAUAGGGAUUGGAGAUGAGGAAUUGCCGCAUUGUAUGGCGGUUAUUGAACCGCAGUAUACGGUUUCGGGCAAUGUGGAGGUCUUGUUAGGAGUAGGAAGUGGAAUUGUGAUUGUUGACGAGGAUGAGGUGAGGUUUGUUGAUGAGGAAAAAGUUGGUGGUGUUGUGCAGAAAAUUGCUGUUUCUCGCAAUGGGAGGUUUUUGGCAUGCUUUAUGCAUGAUGGAAGACUUGUUGUUAUGAAUAUGGAGUUUAGGGACUUUUUUAAGUAUCAAUGUGAGUCUGCCCUUCCACCAGAGCAAAUGGCUUGGUGUGGAUUGGAUAGUGUAUUGCUUUAUUGGGAUGAUGUGCUUUUGAUGGUGGGGCCUUCUGAGGAUUCUGUAUCAUAUAUUUACGAUGAACCUGUGAUUCUUAUCCCUGAGUGUGAUGGAGUGAGGAUAUUGUCGAAUACAAGUAUGGAAUUUGUACAACGGGUGCCUGAUUCGACUGUUUCUAUAUUUAAGAUAGGAAGCACAUCGCCUGCAUCACUACUGUUUGACGCCUUGGAUCAUUUUGACAGGCGAAGUGCUAAGGCUGAUGAGAAUUUGAGAUUGAUACGUGCAUCCUUGCCCGAGGCUGUUGAAGCCUGUGUUGAUGCUGCUGGUCAUGAAUUUGAUGUUUCCCGACAGCGGACGCUACUAAGAGCUGCAAGCUAUGGUCAAGCCUUUUGCAGCAAUUUCCAACGUGACCGCAUUCAAGAGAUGUGCAAAACUUUGCGGGUCUUAAACGCUGUGCGCGACCCUGAGAUUGGCAUCCCUCUAAGCAUUGAGCAGUAUAAGUUGCUUUCAGCACCUGUUCUGAUUGGUCGUUUGAUUAAUGCUCACCAACAUCUUCUUGCACUGCGGAUAACAGAAUACCUUGGAAUGAAUCAAGAAGUAGUUGUAAUGCAUUGGGCAUGCGCAAAGAUAACAGCUUCAUUAGCGAUUCCUGAUGCAGCCCUCCUUGAAAUCUUACUUGAUAAGCUGAAAUUAUGCAAGGGCAUAUCCUAUGCAGCUGUUGCUGCUCAUGCAGAUAGGAGUGGCCGCCGGAAGUUGGCUGCUAUGCUUGUUGAUCAUGAACCACGCUCCUCAAAACAGGUUCCUUUAUUGUUAAGUAUUUCGGAGGAAGAUACAGCACUAAUGAAGGCAACUGAAAGCGGUGACACUGACCUUGUUUACCUUGUCCUAUUUCAUAUCUGGCAAAAGAGGCCAGCCUUGGAGUUUUUUGGAACAAUACAAGCCAGACCUCUUGCUCGUGAUUUAUUUAUAGUUUAUGCACGGUGUUAUAAGCAUGAAUUCUUGAAGGACUUCUUCCUAUCAACGGGACAACUUCAAGAGGUGGCUUUUCUCCUAUGGAAAGAAUCAUGGGAACUAGGGAAAAAUCCAAUGACCAGUAAAGGAUCUCCACUUCACGGUCCACGCAUAAAACUCAUUGAAAAGGCCCACAAUCUUUUUUCAGAGACCAAGGAACAUACAUUUGAGUCAAAAGCUGCUGAAGAGCAUGCAAAGCUACUCAGAAUUCAACAUGAGUUAGAAGUCACUACAAAACAGCCCAUUUUUGUAGAUUCAAGCAUCAGUGAUACAAUUAAAACAUGUAUUGUAUUGGGAAAUCAUAGAGCUGCAAUGAAAGUGAAAACAGAGUUUAAGGUUUCUGAGAAGAGAUGGUAUUGGCUUAAAGUUUCUGCUUUGGCAACAAUUAGAGACUGGGAUGCCCUGGAAAAAUUUUCGAAGGAGAAGAGACCACCAAUUGGUUUCAGGCCAUUUGUGGAGGUAUGCAUUGAUGUGAAUGAGAAAGGGGAAGCUCUGAAAUAUAUUCCAAAACUUGCAGAUCCCAGAGAAAAAGCUGAGGCAUAUGCUCGGAUUGGCAUGGCCAAGGAAGCUGCCGAUGCUGCUUCUCAGGCAAAAGAUGGUGAAUUGCUUGGUCGAUUGAAAUUGAGUUUUGCACAAAAUACAGCGGCUUCGUCAAUUUUUGAUACGCUGAGGGAUCGAUUGUCCUUCCAAGGCCAGCUGGCUGAAAUGGGUAUUGGUGGUCAUCGGACAGGCUUCAGAGCUCAGAAAAGAGAUUUUGCCGUCUAUCUUGCAUUUAGAGCUGCAUAG